GGGAAGCUAACCUAAACCUUGCUCUCUGCGGUCGCAUCGACGGGAUCGAGUUGAAUCACAUCAUCAGCGGUCCGCUAGGGCGUGACUUGAUCAUGGGUGGAUCUGGGAUUAGCUAAAGCAGGGAUUGAAGGAAGAUUCCAAUAGUUUCAGGGAUAUUAUAUUGUCCAGGUUAUUGACAAAGUAGCAUCAAAUUAAGGAUCAUGGCUAAGCACCAUCCCGAUCUUAUUAUGUGCCGGAAGCAGCCAGGAAUUGCCAUUGGCCACCUGUGCGAGAAGUGUGAUGGCAAGUGUGUCAUCUGCGAUUCAUAUGUGCGACCAUGCACACUUGUACGUGUCUGCGAUGAGUGCAAUUAUGGUUCUUUCCAGAGCAGGUGUGUCAUCUGUGGGGGUGUUGGCAUAUCCGAUGCAUACUACUGCAAGGAGUGCACUCAGCAAGAGAAGGAUCGCGAUGGCUGUCCCAAGAUAGUUAAUCUAGGCAGUGCCAAGACGGAUCUCUUCUACGAGCGGAAAAAGUAUGGCUUCAAAAAAAGAUGAAGAGAACAAAGUUUUCAUGCCUGAUCCUCUUAAGAACAUCUUGUAUCCUAAUUAUGCUUUUGAGAUCUAAGAUUUUACAUUGUUCAUGCUUUCCGUUAGGCCAUAGUAACAUGAAACACAUUAUUAGAUUUGGUGAAGCAAACUGUCUGUAGGCAUCCAAACGAAUGUAAUUUGGUUGUCGUGUUGCAUGGUAGUCACAUCAGCUAGUUUUAGCAUGAUCCUAAGCAUUUGUUUUUAUUAGGAUGUAAACUGACCCUUGAAUUUUAGAAGCGACCAGUCCGUCUAUUUUCUCCUUGCUGCA